AUGGAUCUCGAUAGAGCGGUAGAGGGGUUCAAAGCGAGAGAUGGUUUUUCUCCCCACCUGGCAGCUUCUCCCACAGCAGUAUCUUCAGCAAGCGAUGUCGGACAUGACGCGAUAGGGACAUCGAAAUUCAACAUGCCCAAGCGCAAAGCUGUCUCACCUCUAGCUGAAGAGCCCCAAUCAAAGAGAUCCACUGCGGGGAAAUCUACUAUCACAUCUCCAUCGUCCCAUGCAGCAGCUGAACCGUCCUCAGAAACGAGCCUGGCCGUCGACAUAUCACCAACGCUCGUUCGGGAGCACAUCUCCGGGGAUGUCGUGGGUAUCGUGGGAAGGCUGGAUCGGAUGUUUGAUCGUGCAAAUCAAGAUUGGAAGUCGUUCGCUGCUGAAGCACCCAAGGUGGUUGCCGAGCAGCUUCGCUACAGUGGAUCCUGGCAUGCGUUCAGUAUGGAGUUCCAUGAGGUGGAUGAAUACGUGGAGACGGUAGUUAUUGAGGCGCUUUCAGCUCCUGCACUCAAUGGAGAUACCGACCACGACUGGGAUGCUGAGGACGCCGAUGCCAUGGUCCGCAUGUUUGCAACCGCCGCCAGAGGUGCCGAGCUACUCGAUAAAUUACGACGUGUCUGCGCCUUCCAUGUACAGUUCAGACGCAAUGAAUCGGAUCUUCUUGACACUGCUCUCCAAUACCUAUCCUACAACUUCUUUACCAGCACGCUACUGUACACUUUACCGGUUACCCUUUGA